AUGUCUGCAACAGGGAGUGGUCCAGCGAUCGUACAACGAGUACGCCGUGAGGGUGCAGGACACCAGCGAGUCCCGACCCCAGGAGUGAUGAUGGGGGGGCUCUCACAAGGAAGCGACAAGGGGCCGGGGACGCUCAAGGUUGUCCCCGCUGGCGAGACAAAGGAGGGGGUGUUGUGCAUAGAAAUGCGCAUCAGGCUGUACACCGACGGCGCCAUGAGCAAGCUUCUCGAGAGUCUCGCGAAGGUGAAACUAUUGACGGAGGUGGUUAGAGACGUUAAUAUGUUGGGUGAUUGUGAAUCCCUCGCUUCUAUUCUCCCGUCAACUAGAACUCCUUCCGUGACUCCGGCGGAGUCAGAUUUUCGCGUCAGGCUUUUUCUCGGCCGUGCGCCGUAA